UUGGAUGAAUUAGUUCAAGUGCCAUGGUGGUUUAGCAUAACUAACAUAACUCUAUGCACCAUGAAUUUUCCCUGCAGGUGGAAGACACUCCUCAGCUUGUGGAUACAAGUGGUCUUCGUUCCUGGGAAACUCUGUGUGGAUGGUCAUCUUUCAAGGGAAGAUAUUUUGCUCUUCAAAGAUGAGCAAGAUCCUAAAUGUUUCACCUUGACAGAAGAUGAUUUCACCUGCUUUGUCGAGACCCAAGACAAUAGGACUUAUGAUUUUUUCUACAAGAUUGACAAAGAAUCAGACAAAAGAUGUGAUAUGUCUGUCCAGAGCACAGAAGAAGGAACUAUCCUCCACAUCUGCUCAUUUCCUCCCUUAGAUGUUUACUUGAGUGUGGACAUACACCUUAAAGUGGUGGAGCGCAACACCAACAGCACCCUCUGCAAUCGGAUUGUUUCUGUGGAAGACCAUUUACUCCUGGAUCCCCCCUUCAAUGUGUCUUUGCUCCAAAAUGACCAGGCUGGACAGCUGCAGGUUUCAUGGCGCACAAAGUUGUCAAUAUACUGGGAGGAUAAUGUGCAGUAUAAGAUUCGAUACUCUUCCAAGAGACUAGGAGAGAAGACAAAACAGGUCAAGAAGUUGUUAAACACAGUGGUAACUCUGGUACCAGGGGAGGAGGUUGAGGUCCAGGUCUCAGUCAAGUCUGCCAACAGAGAAGAUGCAGGACACUGGAGCCACUGGUCACCCCCUGUGCGAGCUGUGGCUCCCCAAAGUACAGAUGAUAUUUCUCUAUUGUGCUAUACAUCUGACCUGCAAAACAUCACCUGUCAGUGGAAUGGGAGCAGAUACAGCAUACAAAAUGAGUACAAACUUUUCUACAAGAUGAGUCUGAGUGGUGGCUUGGGCUGGAGAGAAUGGGAAGAGUGUCUGGCUGACGGGGAGCUGACUGAGCGGUGCAGUUUCCAUGGAGACGAGUCCAGAAAAGUCAGGGUCAAGCUCAGCAACACUCGAGCUCCACUCAACAGAACCUUCUUCAGUCAAGAGUUCACUCUCAGCAAGAUCAUUAAAACAUCCCCACCGGGACAUCUGAGAGGAGCACCCAAGAAAUUUAAGUUGUGCUUGCAAUGGGAAGUUCCUCUUCUGUCUCUGUCAGCUCACCUGCAAUAUGAAGUCAGCUACCAAAUCAGAGGGGGUGAAGCAUGGAUGACGGUAUCCCUAAAGGGUCCAGAGCCUGACACGUGUCUAGAGGUGCCAACAGGUAGCAGGUACAGAGUUAAGGUCAGAGCUAAACCUAAUGGAUCCAUUUACUCGGGCCAGUGGAGUGACUGGUCAGAUGUGCUCACUGGACACACCCCUACUGACAUAAGCACUUGGCUCGUGCUGUGUAUCCCUGUCAUGAUGCUGAUUUCUGCAUUCAUCUUCGUUUUCUUGUUCUCCACAUACCUCAGAAAGCUCAAGCAUUAUUUCUGGCCACCAGUGCCCAACCUGGACAAAGUCCUACAAGGCUUCCUGACAGAUAUCAACAGGCAGAAAUGGGAUUGUCCAGUCACUGCAAAACAGUGCCCUGAGGAAACCACUGCAUCAGUGGUGGAGGUCAUGUCUGAAGCUGAGAUCUCAGAGCUGGGUAAGCCACUAGAUGAAUCCACCCAGCUCCUGUCACCAGGGGGAAGCUACUGCAGCAUAGAACAGGCAGAAGGGAGCCUUGGUACGCAACCAGAAGUCAUUCCAGACUAUGUGACCCUUAACAGAAACAGCGUCAUUCUUUUCCCAAAAGCAAACAAUUAUAUCUUUGAGCAGGUUGUAGAGAAAACAGACGUGGAGGUGAGCAGUGAGGUCCUUCAAACAACAUGUCACUGCACUGAUGAGUCAGUCUGUGUCCCACCUUGCUUAUGCAAUGACUUUCUUAACCAUUCCUACUUGCCUUUGGCUGAGCUUGCUGACAAACUUGACCCCAAUGUCACUGCUACAAGGGGGCCAGGCAACCUCUAUACUAAUUUUCCCUGUAGCUAAAUA